AGAUUAAUCCCGCUGUUAGUGUUGUGCCCGAAUUUCCAUACUGGCCCUUAUCAGUGCGCCACUCGCCUAUAUGCUCCGCUCGCUUAUAAUGUACGUUAUAAGUUAGGAGUUUCUAUCUAGCGUAUUUGGUAAGCGAGCGGGACAUACAAGGGAGCGGGACACUCUCCACCACUCUCUUAACAAUCCUCCUCAUUUGCAAUACAACAACACUAUGAACCUACUAAAAAUUGCUGGCGUCGCUUCGCUCGUCAGUCGCGCGGCCCUUCGCUACGCUACGGGGCGCUUCCUUCCUCUCUCUCGCUCCUGGCAAUUUUCCUGUCCCUGCCGGAGGACAAUCGGCUCAUCAACUGUUCGUCCUGUAUACUACUGUGUUCAUUAUGGGUGCGAGAGACGAAGCGCCAGAAACCUGUCCGUCGGCCAAUGAUUCCCGUAUACUGCAAUUGCAUUG